AUGGAAAAUAACUCUUCAAGUACCGUCCCUGCUCUGUGCUUCCUCUCACUACCAGAUUUUGAUCCCUACAACACGACAAAUCUUCCAGAUUCAGUCAACACGAUUCGAACCGUUCUUUCUGUUGUCAAUGGUGUAGCGUCUCCUCUAACAGUCGUUGUUAACGCGUUGGUUUUUUGGUCUGUGCUAGGAGAUGAAGAGCUACGGUCAUCUUCUUUUAACGUCUUGCUGGUAGCUUUAUCAGUUAUCGAUUUUCUGAUGGGACUGCUUGUUCAACCAACAUAUUCCUUCCACAUUCAGUAUCUUGUGAAAAGUCGGUUUUCGCCUUGCACAUACACCUUUUAUGUUUUGACUGCUGUGACCCUGGGUGGUUUGUCAUUGUGUACUUUAACUUUAGUAAGCUUGGAGAGAUACCUUGCUAUCGAACAUCCUAACUUUUACCGCAAGAUGGUUACAGUAAAAAGAGUCAUGUCAGGAAUUGUGAUGUACUUGGCAGUAAAUCAAACUCUUUUGAUUAGUGUCACAACUUUUGCGAUUGUUAACAAGAGCAAACUGUUCGUAGUUCCACCCAUGGUUAACAUUGGUGUUAAUAAUCUAUUCAUUUUGUACUGCUCUAUCAAAGUUCAAGUAGCAGCUUACCGCCAGCGUAGAACCAUCGCCCUACAGCAAGAAUCAGUUCAKCAGCCCGAUGAACAACAACGACAACAAGAACGACUCAAAGAAUACAAACGAGUGUUCAUGACGACCAUAUUAGUGAUCGUGUCGAUUCUCUUUCUCGUUCCUUUCAUAAUACUCUCAGUGAUACAAGCCGUCACAGGUGAAGAUGUCAGGAGCGAUUUAAGCCACAUCGGCAUUCCUAUCUGUCUGACAUUACUUCAUCUCCAGUCUCUUAUCAACCCAAUCCUCGUCUCACUGCGUCUAUCUUAUAUUCGCACAAGCAUCAAAAACAAACUAAUAACUUGCUUUAACUGA